UGUGGUUGGAAGGGUGCAUAUGUAUAUAUAUAUAUAUAAAAAGCGCAAGUCGCAAUCCCGCAGGGGGACUAGUAUGAAUGAAUAUGCCUCUUUCGCCCUCUUUCUCACUCUCUGCAACUGCGGCAAUUGUAGUAGCCGUGUAGCGAAAUGAUGCAUCAAUGGUAUGCCUUGGGAUUUCAGGAGCUCAAGAAAGAUCAAGGACAGGGCGGUUGGAUGCUGCACAAGAGACAACAAACGACCAGCCGCGAGGAUUCGCGAAAUGCUGCAAAGGUCCGACACUGGCUGGCGCAAAAAGAAUGUGUUGGAAAGAAAAAGAAAAAAAUCCAGUACGGGCAAAUGGGUGGGUAAACAGCUACGCAGCGUGCAUGCACAAAGGGACACCAAUCCUUCUUACUACUAUCACUCUUCUACGCGCCCUCUCUUCCUCUUUCUCCAGUCUCUUUAAGGUAGGGAUCAAGGGUAUAUUUCCUUAUUCUAAGGUCUGCUUAAGAUUAUCAACGCUCGGAGGGGCCGUCAAGAUGACACGAACAAGGAGCUCGAUGUGCGAAAGAUGUUCGCUUGUCACUCUUGUUCUCUCUGGUCUUCUAGUAGUAGAAGAUGUUAUUGACACGACAAAGAUUAGCAAGCAAUCAAGAGGGCAAAGGCACUAAAAGUACUCGUCGAAAAGGUGUGGCUAGCCACACGUUAAGUAGAACGUCUGCAUCUCGCGAUUGGUAAGGACCACACUCAGCACUUCAGGUCAA